ACAGUACCAUUAUUCUAUAACAUUUCUCUGUUAAUGAAUCUUGAAGAAGACAACUUUACUUUUCACGGUGAAUCCAAUAUAGAAAUUGAGAUUCGUUAUGCAUCGUUAAAUAAUAUAAGCUUGCAUUCAAAAGAAUUAGAAUUAAAUGAAAUGGCGACAACGUUAAUUAAUGUCAACGGUACAGUUUAUAAACCAACAGAACAUUCCCAUGACAAUAAAACGGAUAUCUUGACACUCAAUUUCAAAAAUGCAUUGUCACCCGGCUUUUACACUCUUAACAUGAAAUUUGCCGGUAUUAUAAAUGAGAAUAAUAUUUCCGAAAGUGGUUUUAUGAUGUUUCCAUAUACAAAUAAAGGAAAAAAUAAUACAUUAGUUGCAUCGUAUUCGGAGCCGAAAGGAGCUAGACAAAUGUUUCCGUGUUGGGACGAACCCGCGUUAAAAGCCAUCUUUAACAUUUCUGUAAUGCAUCAUGUGAAAUAUCUGGCAUUGUCGAAUAUGCCUCUAGUACAAAGGGAAUUUUUUGAAAAUGAUAUGACCUGUACGUACUUCAACAUUUCUCCAAUAAUGUCCACUUACCUUGUAGAGAUUAUCGUAUUCCCCAUGAUUGAUUUUCACCAUCUUUCCAACGAGAAAGAAACCAUCAAUAUGUGGUGCAGAUCGUCUUUGACAUCGCAAAUAACAUUUAUGUUUAAUAUCACUGAAAUGGUCACGCCAUUCUUGAUCCAAUAUACCAAUAAUUCCGAAAAGGUACCGAAAAUGGAUCACUUCAUCAUACCAAAUUUUCCGGUUGACGGCAUGGAACACUGGGGACUCAUCACUUACAAAGAAUCAUCAGUUAUCUAUGAUGCUGAACAACGUCCAACCAAUAGGAAACAAGAAUUAGCAGCGUUAGUAACACAUGAAAUUGCACAUCAAUGGUUCGGUAAUUUGGUCACACCGUCUUGGUGGUCUCACCAUUGGUUAAAAGAGGGACUUGCUUCGUUCUUCCAUACGUACAUCAUUGACAAGAUUUUCGAUAAUUGGCGGACAAUAGAUUAUUUUGUGGUUGACAUAUUACACUACAGCUUGGGGAUAGAUAAAGGCGAAUUAGGUCCUAUCACAUUGGAACCUAAUAAUAUGUUUGAAAGACCGGAUUUGUUUUCUUUUAUAAUUUAUCAUAAAGCGUCAAUUAUAUUGCGUAUGUUACAAAAUAUUAUCACCGACGAGGUAUUUCGAAAGGGUCUUAUCAUAUAUUUAGCCACGCAGUAUGUAACAAAUGUUUAUUAUAAAUCACAGUACUAA